AUGCCUCUCUCACAGCAGUCAGGGCCAGAGGCCUCUGGCCUGUCAGGCUCCAUUUCCCUGAUGGAGAUCACUGAGGUAGUUGGCAAGCUCCCCAGUGGCAAGGCACUGGGGGUGGAUGAGAUUCACCCAGAAAUGCUUAAGGCUCUGGAUGUUAUGAGGCUGUCAUGGCAGACACGCCUCUGCAAUGUCGCAUGGACGCCAGGAACAAGUGUCUAUCCACUGGCUGUGAGAAUUGUGUCUUAUUUUGCCAUUGGUGUCAUUGUGCUUCUUACACUAUUUGGAAAUCUUCUGGUGAUCAUAGCCAUAACUCAUUUCAAGCAGCUGCACACACCAACUAACUACCUCACUCUCUCUCUGGCUGUAGCUGACCUGCUUGUGGGAGGGCUUGUGAUGCCUCCUAGCAUGAUACGCUCUGUGGAGACUUGCUGGUAUUUGGGAAACUUAUUUUUUGAGCGAUAUUAUGCAGUAUGUCACCCCCUGCAAUACCACAGUAAAAUGACUCCUCUUACUACACUGUUCAUGAUCGCUGUUUGUUGGAGUGUUGCUGCUGUUGUGGGAACUACAUAUCCAGAGCUAAAUGUUGAAGGCAUAGAAGCUUACAGUGAUGUGUUUUGUGAGGGAGCCUGUGUGGUGGUUACAGGGCCCAUGAUAAGUUUAGCAGUUUCAUUGGUUUCUUUGUACUUUCCAAUUGUUGUCAUGUUAAGCAUAUAUUUGAAAAUAUAUCUUGUUGCACAGAGGCAAUCACGAUUAGUCAGCAAUACUCUCUCUCAAGUAAGUAAAUCCAGAGGUCAGCCCACUGUUAAUAAGACAGAGAGAAAAGCAACUAAAACAUUAGCCAUUGUCAUUGGAGGCUUUAUUUUAUUUUGGGCACCAUUUUCCAUCUAUAAUUUUAUUGUGUUAUUUUUUGGUUUUAGUGGUCCACCACAACUGUUUGAUGCACUUUGUUGGAUUGCUUAUUCAAAUUCAGCUUGUAAUCCUAUUAUAUAUGCAUUUUUCUAUAUGUGGUUUAGAAAAGCACUCAAACUUAUUUUAUUAGGCAAAAUUUUCAGGACCAAUUCCUCAAAAACAAAGCUGUGUUCAGAGUAG